AUGUCUCUCAAUCCCCAACUUAAAAUCCGCUUCACCCCCAAGAUGCUCAAUCAAAAAGCGAAGAAAGCCCAACCCACGCAAGAAAUGUUGGACCUGGGCAUACAAAACUCUUCAGAUUCGGCCUUCUUCAACUUACCAGGCGAUAUCCGCAAGCGCAUUUACGAAUUCGCGUUCACUACGGACGAGGUUAUUCAACUCCUUCCUCUCGACGCGGAUUUCGAAGGGGCAGCUAUCACUGAAGCGGAGGUUGAUGAGGCGAUGGAGAUAGAUAUCGAUCUUGAUGAUAUGAUGAUGGGUCUUGAGAUCAACGAUACGUCUCUAUCCGACGACACGAAGCCGCGAACGCGAAACCCCUUCGCCGCAAUCCUCACAUCCCGACAAUUCUACUUGGAAACACACCUUUUGCCUUUCCACCACAACACCAUCUCCUGCGCCAACAUAGGGGACCUCGGCACUAUUCUUUGCCGCCUGUCACCCGCCCAAGCAUCCUCUAUCCGCUCGCUGAAGAUCCAGUGGGCGACCGCGCUGUUAGCAGUGCAGGAGUACAUGGAUUUACCUUGGGCAUCUGGGACGGAAUUUGAUUCGCUUAGAUCAGCACUGCAAAUGCUAGACAAACUGGAGGAAGUGGUCGUGGAUUGGGCGGGGAAGAGGCGGAUUUUUCUUAACAAGAAGAGGGUGGAGGAGGCGCUGAAUGCGUUGUGUGGGAGGAAAAUUGGUGUUUCGUUUGAAAGGGGCGGGGAAGAGUAUCAAGAGGUUGUGCAGCGGAGGAAACGAGUGGAGCGAGCGGAUACGGCGAUGGAGUGGGAGGCGCGCGCUUGGGAUGCAUGA